AUGGACGAGACCAGCCGUGACCGGUCCACCUUCGCCCUGGGUUUCGCAGCGGCGCUGGUGACAGAUGUCUUCGUGGAUUUGUCCAGGACGUUGCUGCUUGCACUGCGCCUGGGCAGCGUCCAGAACCCGCCGGCUUACUCCUCGGAUGCGACCAUCCGCCCAGGAGAUCUCUACUUUCUCCAUCUCAUGAUGCACGGCGCCCAUGAUGCCGCCAUCAAAGCCAUGUGCUCGCUGGGCAUCAGAUGGCGCCAGCUGUUGCAGCGGUUUCUUUGGCUGGGCAGCGGGGCCCUCCUGGUCUUGCUGCUGGUGGUGCACCUAGCCUUCGUGAACCCAUCGACUCAGCUCAGCGCCAGCCGAAACCUGUCCGCGCUGCUGGAGACCUAUUGCUCCCAGGAGGCGACCUGGCUGCUUCACUUGGAGCUUUUGGAGACCUGGACCAGGCCGACGAACUGGACGGAGAUCGGCGAGGAGGAGAAUGCCACCUUGGUGAACAUCCUCAAACGUCUUGGGGACUUAGCUCACCUCGGCUACGAGGCAGCCUUCCCCAGGCCCUCCUACGAGCUCGCCAGCGACAGCUCCUGGCUCGCGGUGCGCUCCAGAAAUCUCCGGCGCGGGCAGGUGUCCACGCAUCACUUGCAGCUCUCCACGGAGAAUGCCUCGCUCUUCGGGCCUCGCUGGGCCAGGACGCUUCAGUCCACCUUGGGGCUCUACGACAUCUACGUGCUCCACGCCCUUUCGCCGCUGAGCCCCUGCGAGGGUCGUCUCUUCGUGUGGGUGGCCAGUGGCAGCGCGCCGCUGAGGCUCAGCCCUGCCGGCGGCGGUGUGCUUGUGAGCGUGGUGCAGACGCUGGCCUUCAUGAGCAGCCUUGCAGUGGCCUGCGUCCUCUUCAGUUCCUUCUUGCGCAGCUUCCUGGUGCUUAGCAUGCGCACGUACGUGAACAACCGCUUCUGCCUGCUGCAGCUCCAGCGCUUCGCCUUCAUCUCCCAGGCGAUGCGGCGAGUGAACCGGGCCCCGGCCUCCAUGCUGCUGGAGCUGUGGGUGGCCACCAGCGCCUCCGCGCUGCUGCUGCUCUGGAUACUUCUGGAGGCUGGGCAGCGGUCCCUGGUGUGGCCUUUGUGGAUCUUGUGCUACGCCUGGUCCGAGUUCUGGGGACUGGCGCACGUGCGGAGCCAGCAGAGCCGGUGGAUCUUCCCUCGGGCUGUGGGGCUGGUGAACCUGGGCGCCGCGGUCUACGCCUUCUGCUGGCCCAACGGCCCCCGCUGGCUGCUGCUGUGCUGCGUGCUGUGGUUCCACGCGGCGCUGAUGUUCACAUUGUUGAGCAACUUCGACUGCUGCUUCUCUCUUCCUCCGCAGCCUCCGCAUCAGCUCUUCGUCUCUUCCAUGCUUUUGCCAGCUGUGCCGCUGUCGCGAGACGCGAAAGGCAAGGAAGAACGCACAGACUGA